CUUGAUGAUUCUCAAUUAGGAAAUCUGGGGUUGGUAGAAGCAGGGAGCUGCAUCCUGUUCUGAUGUUCCAGGCAUCUACAGCUUCUCUGCUUGGCCACACAGCUCAGGACUGGGCUACAGAACCAUGUCUCCAGCCUCACCCGCUUUCUUCUAUAUUGGGCUGUGUAUACUGCAAGUGAUCCAAACACAAAGUGGCCCACUCCCCAAGCCUUCUCUCCAGGCUCAGCCCAGUUCCUUGGUGCCCCUGGGUCAGCCAGUCACUCUGAGGUGCCAGGGGCCUCCAGAUGUAGAUUUAUAUCGCCUGGAGAAACUGAAGCCAGAGAAGUAUGAAGAUCAAGACUUUCUUGUCAUUCCAACCAUGGAAACAAAUAACGCUGGACUCUACCGCUGCUCUUAUCAGAAUGGGAGUCGCUGGUCUCUCCCAAGUGACCAGCUUGAGCUAAUUGCUACAGGUGUUUACUCUAAGCCCUCACUCUCAGCUCAUCCCAGCUCAGCAGUCCCUCCAGGCAGGGACGUGACUCUAAAGUGCCAAAGCCAAUAUGGUUUUGAUGAAUUUGUUCUAUACAAAGAGGGGGAUGCCGGGCCUUAUAAGAGUCCUGAGAAAUGGUACCGGGCCAAUUUCCCCAUCAUCACGGUGACUGCUGCUCACAGUGGGACAUACCGCUGUUACAGCUUUUCCAGCUCAUCUCCACACCUGUGGUCAGCCCCGAGUGACCCUCUAGUGCUUGUGGUUACUGGACCCUCUGCCACUCCCAGCCAGGUACCCACAGAGGUACCAUCUCCCAUGACAGAAUCCUCUAGGAGACGUUCCACCUUACUUACAAACAAAAUAUCUACAAUUGAAUCUCAAAUCAUGAAUAUGGAGUGGGGCGUGGAGAUGAGAGUCUUUUAACACCUGUUGCCAACUUUCUUCUCUUUAGGUUUUGCUCACCAGCACUAUGCCAAGGGGAAUCUGGUCCGGAUAUGCCUUGGUGCAAUGAUUAUAAUAAUCUUGGUGGGGCUUCUAGCAGAAGAUUGGCACAGUCGGAAGAGAUGCCUACAACACAGGAUCAGAGCUGUGCAAAGGCCACUACCACCCCUCCCACUGGCCUAGAAAUAGCAUGGCUUUUAGCAGAGGGAUUGACCAUAUGUUCAUAACCAUGGAAAUCACCAUUAGAGCUGCAGACAUGGACAUACUCAAGAGUGGGGAGGUUAUAUACAAAAUGAGUGUGGAGAAUCAAUAUGAGGCAGAGCCAACAAGGUAGGAUGGUGGGUCAUGAGCUUUCUUGGUGCUCAAGCAAGUUGAGACAAUGUCUACUUUGCUCUAAGAACUCCAUAUGGGAUGGAAAAGUCUCUUUUCUGAUAUCUUGCACAUUGUAGGUAUCAUAAUAGACCUGUGCCUUUCUUCAACCUUUUCUAACAUGGGUUCAAGAUUAAUUUACAAAAUAUCUGGCUUUCACAGAGGACCUGUUUCAUCAUUUGUGUAUAAACUCUUGUUCUCUAAUAGUCUAUGUUCCUCUGAUGGUCCAUAGCUUUAGCCUUUACCCUAAACUCAUCUUAAGUCACAGUUGGAUAUGUCUACUUUUUAGAAGGGAGAUGUGCCUCCUAGACAGUGGGGUAGGGUGUUACUUUUUAUUAGUAUAUAAUCCAUAUGAUCAGCAUAGUCUUUUUUUGUUUAUAGUAGAUAUAUUUCAAGACUUGAAAUGGGUGCCUAAAACUAUACAAAGUACAAAGUCCUGUACCCAUUAUGUUUUUUUCCUACAUAUAUUUUUGCAUUUUGAGGCCAUUAAAAUAAAAGAUAUCUGACUAGAAUGUGACAGUUGCUCUGCCAAACAAGAUGGCUAUUACAUCUUCAUGAACAGACAGGCAGUGUAUACACAUCUACAACAUUGGUUUAUUUUCUGAAAUGUAAUAGUGUGGGAUGGUGUAAAAUUGUUUAUUUCUAUAAUUUUUCCACUUAAUAUUUUCUUUUUAAAAAAUAUUUUAGAU